CGAAGAAACACCUUAUGAACUAAUCUUCUUUGAAACAAGAACGUUCUAUUACUAUCCAGAAGAAGAUCUCAUGAAACAAGCAGUUCCAUAUCACGACAGAACGGCCUUCCGAUCGGUUCGAUAUUUCAACAGGAUACGUUACUAUCGCGGAAAAAUUUGAGGCUUGAAGCUAUACCGUAUUUCAAGUUUACAGUCUUAUUCAACAAUGAACUCAGGAUGAACUUUAGUGCUCUAUUUGCAAAUAUAAAAAGUUCAGAAUGCCCAUUGUCUCUUCUGAAGAGCUAUGUAAAUGAUGGCGUUGUCCUAAAGGACUUCAACAAAUGCGAGGAAAUUGGUUCACUCGUUUGCUUUCUCGUGUCUAAAACAUAUGGGCUUGGCCUCAAGAUACUCCUUGACUGUGGUUUGGAUAUGUCUGCUAGUCAUCACAUUACUGGAGACACACCAUUGAUCCUCCUUUGCAACGAAGGUUUAUGUGGUGCAACGAAACAACUAAUUGACAAAUUAGAACCGGCUAGUCUAUUUCAUUCCAACGUCAUUGGAUUAACAGCUAUAACACAAUUGCUCUGUCGCGCUCACGGGGCUUGCAACUGCUUAGAAAGUCUUCUUUCACAUCUGUGCCUUUGCAGUGCUCUUUUACCAGUUGACUUGCGUAUGAACAGUCAUACACGCAGCAUGAGUAGUAUGGGACUUUUACAUUCAGAACCCUUAUUUGAAAAUGAUGAAGGAAGUCAGGUGUUAUUCACUGUUGAUCAGCUACUGGGACGCAUUAAGUCAGAUAAUAGUGAGCGUAUCAUCUCUGUAUUACAACUGUGGAUAAAAGCGAAUCUUCUGCGUUUAACGUACACAACUGGAGACAGUUCUAUGCAGAAUGAACAAUUAACAUGCAACACAAAUAUUUUGGGAGAAAGGCUUCUUAGACCUUUGCUGUCAUGUGUUUUUUAUUCGAACAACAUUGGAUCCAUAAUGAAUAAACUUGAAAUAUUGAUUUGUCAAUUGCUCAUCUUAGGCCAGUUACAUGGAUGCCUUUUAAUUGAUAGUAUAACUCAGUCAAAUCCAGUAGACUCGAAAAACCAAUACUUGAAUAACAUGUAAGUUUACUGGGUGCUAACUUUUUCUGAAGGUAAUUUAGUGGGUGUAAUUGAUGUUUUAAUUUAAACACUCUAUGGCCUUAAGAUGGGAAGUAAAGUUUAAUUACAAACGCUUGAUGAAACUGUGUACGGUAAAAUAGAGAAAACUAUCCAACCACUGACUACCAAGUUACAGGAGAUUCUUCAAAACAUUUUAGGAAUAAUCUACAUAAAGAAACAACAGGAUGAAAAGCUCAUCCUGGAUCUACAUGCCAUCUAUUUUAAACAAUUAAUAAAGUGACCAACUUUAUGCUCGACUGACUGAAUUCAGCAACCUGAUUCGAAUUUAAUACUAGUGGGAGGGGAAAUCUUACUGUUUAUUCGCUGAGAUGCAAAUGUAGAUUAUAUUUGUGUUAUAGGUAACAAAAAUGUUGCUGUAAACUCACUUAUUCCACACCACUUAUUAAGUUUUUGCCAUUCAGUUUUACUUUCUCCUUUUCUUAAUAUUCACCCAGUUUUUUUCCAGUUAAUUCAUCGAUAAGUUUGAGCAGUUCAUCUGCUGGUCAACUAACUAAUCUUUUACCAUUGAUUUGAAAAAAGUGCUGUGGUCAAAACUUAUAUGGAUUUUCUAACACACUAAGUUUAAAACCUAUACUAGAUAUUAAAGAAAGUGAAGUAUUGUUAGCAGAUUCAUGAUACGUUAGUGUAUACAAUCUUACGCAGUAACUAAUACUAUUGGUUUGUUUUACUUUGAAUUUCAUAGCUUAGAAUAUAUACGAUGCCAUC